AUGGCAAAUGUGAAGCUCAUCUCUGAUCCAAGAGAGUAUUUUGACAUGCUAACAUCGGAUGAAAUCGAAGUUACUGACGUCUCUUUUGUAAGUGAUGAUGUUAUUGAAGUACGGUAUGAAAAUACUGAAAAUUUUAUUGACACAAACUCAAAGACUAAUGUGGUUAUAGCAGCAUUUGCGACGGCACAUGCCCGCCUGAAAUUAUACAGUGUUUUAGAGCGAUUGGAGCAACGCGUGUUGUAUUAUGAGACUGAUUCUGUUAUUUUCACAAGCAAACCUGGAGAAUGGAAUCCUGAGACAGGAGAAUUUCUCGGGCAACUUACAGAUGAACUUAAAGGUAAAUACAUAACCACGUUUGCAUCAGGUGGACCAAAAAACUAUGCUUACGAGACCAAUACUGAAGAGACGUGUUGCAAAAUACGGGGGAUUACAUUGAACUUUAGAGCUUUAAAAUCGCUAAACUUUAACACUGUUUGUGACACAGUUUAUCUUAGUCUUCUGUGUGACACAGGAUAUCCAAUUUCUGUAGAUAUACCGUAUAAAAUCAAUCGAAAUACCAGUAUGUAA